CAUUAGACAAUCUAAAGCAGGCAGCUGAAUCACAGCAAACUAUCAUCAAAAUAUGGAUCAAAGAUUAUUAAACCAUGUAAUUGGAGUCCCUGUGGAAUCAACAAGGGGACUAUUAUCAUCUAAACCUUAUAAUCAACCCCAUUACCCUGUUGCUGCAACUCAUUGGGAGAGCAAUGGGAGUUUUGGACCCAAACUAAUUAAAAUCGUGAAGCAAAAGUUAAGUAACGGGGCUAGAAUUGUUCAAUUUGGCAGCCAAGGUAAAACCUUUAGGAAAAACUUCAGUAUCAAAGAGGGAGAGAAACUACUGCAGACUUCCCAAUGCUAUUUAUACACUACAGCAGGUGCCAUAGCAGGGCUCCUAUUUGUUUCUACAGAAAGAGUUGCAUUUUGCAGCAAUAAGUCCAUUAAAACAUAUUCUACGACAGGCGAGCUGCUAAAGUUUCAAUAUAAGGUCUCAAUCCCAUUAUCUAAGAUAAAAGGAGCACAUGAAAUCAAGAAUAUGAAGAGACCAUCUAACAACUAUGUGGAACUAGUGACCGUAGACGAUUUCAACUUCUGGUUUAUGGGCUUUGGAAAUUCUAAAAAGACGUUAAGAUACCUCCAUCCUGCGAACUGAAAUUUGAUCCUUGAUUUCAUCAAAUGUAAAUUCUUGUAGCUAAUUCCAUAUUUUGGUAAACUUCUCAUAUGAGAAAAAGGGUGUAUAUUGAAAUCUUAUUAUUUAAGUUGAUAUCUCAUUAUUCAAGAGUA